GGCCGAGCGACACACCUUGACGCGCAGGGAUGGAGAGGUGGCGGAAGGACCGGCUGGGGAGCUUCGGCGGGCAGGUGAGACGAUGGUGGUGCACGGAGGGCCCGAAUCCCGGAGAAGCCCAGGAGCUCUGGGCACGGUCCAGGAGAUUCUCCCUGCCGGCUGCGGCCUUGGGGAAUCCACCUGGGCCCCCCCUCGCCGGUCCCGCCAGGGAAGAGAACAACAAGUGGUGGUGUAUCCAGGACAGCGUCAAAGUCUUAAGGCUGACCCUGCAGAAUGACCUUCCGGGAGACCGACCAGACCAAGUAAAGCAAAAGCCGGUGGGAAGAGCCUUCGCCAUGGUGGCCAACCGUCCCACGAGCAGCCACGCCCUGGCGUCCGAAUGCGUCAAGUCUAACGAGGGGGACGAGGAGAUAAUUAAGGUGUACCUGAAAGCCCGGGCCGAAGACAGGGCGAAGCACGAAAACGGGCCCCCUCCGUUGACAAACGACAACUGUCAUCCGCCAGAGUUUCCCCUCAAUAAGUCAAACGGCUUCCAGCCUCUUCGGACAGUGACGUACCGCACCGUAUCCAUAAGCCAGGAUGAACCCACCUAUCCCACUGAGGACAUCUCCGUCAUGCGCGAGACGACCAAGAGGCUCUUUUCAAAACUUCAAGAGGCCGAGAAGAGGCACCAGUCCGAUCGCGCAGCCUAUGAGACGUCCAUCUCGCAUUAUCGGAGGGAAGCGGAACAUUCGGGCAUCGCCCUCCGGAAAGCCGAAACGGAAGUGGAAAUGAAGGACCUUAAAUUGGAAGAAUUGCAACGGCUCCUUACCGGCAUGGAGAAGGAGCACCAGAUCCUCCUGCAGAAAGUUCGAGACGGCGAAAUGCAGCUGGAGGGCCUGCGGAACUCGGAGAAGGACAAGGCAGCCGAGCAGGAAAGGUCGGCCAAGUUAGAGAAGGAGGUGGCCGGUCUCCGGGAGAAGAUCCACCACCUGGACGACAUGCUGAAGAGUCAACAGCGGAAAGUCCGGCAGAUGAUCGAGCAGCUGCAGAACUCCAAGACGGUGAUCCAGUCGAAGGACGCCAUCAUUCACGAGCUCAAGGAGCGAGUGGCGUAUCUGGAGGCCGAGGUGAGGAGCCGGUUCUCACUUGGCGACGCCGACUAG